UGAGCCCGACUACUACCUGAAUGAGGCCGGCCACUGUACGGCCUGCGUCAGCUGUUCACGGGCUGAACUCGUGGAGAAGAGGCCGUGCUCAUGGAACUCCUCCCGUGUCUGUGAAUGUCAACCUGGCAUGUUCUGUGGCACGUCAGCCACCAACUCCUGUGCCCGCUGCUUCCCCCACUCGGUCUGCCCAAGAGGGAUGAUGGUCAAGUUCGCGGGCACAGCGGAGGAGGACACUGUCUGUGAGCCGCCUUCCCCCGGGACCAGCCCUGCCUGCUCCAGCCCAGAGGACUGCAAGGAGCCCGCCAGCAGCACCAUCCUGCAGGCCGAGCCCACCCCGAUGUCCCCAGCAACCUCCAAUGCCAGGACCACACUUCUUAGAGGGGGCACCUCCCUUGCCCCCGAAGAUGCUUCUCCACUGACAAGGGCUCCCAGCUCUCUCUCCUCUGCGGGAAAGCCUAGCUCAGAUCCAGGGCCGACCCAGACGCAGCUGUGCCCAGGGGGGUCUGCCGACUGCAGGAAGCUGUGCGAGCCCGACUACUACCUGGACGGGGCCGGCCGCUGCACGGCCUGCGUGAGCUGCGUGCGAGAUGACCUUGUGGAGAAGACACCGUGCUCGUGGAACUCCUCUCGAGUCUGCGAAUGUCGACCCGGCAUGUUCUGUGCCACCUCAGCCACCAACUCCUGUGCCCGCUGUGUCGCCCGCCCUGCCUGCCCACCAGGUAUGGCUGUGAGGGACACCACGUUGGAGCCGCCUCCACCAGGGACCCACCCUGACUGCAGCACCACCCCAGAGAACAGUGAGGCGCCUGCCAGCUCCCCCGCCACGCUGAGCUCCCUGGUGGACUCCCAGACCAGCAAGACGCUGCCCAUCCCCACGAGCGCCCCCGGCUCCCUCUCCUCCACGGGGAAGCCCAUUCUGGACCCAGGACCAGUACUCUGGGUGACCGUGGCGCUGGCAGUGGUGGUCGGCUCUAGCAUCUUCCUCCUGUGCCGCUGGAGGGCCUGCAGGAAGCGGAUUCGGCAGAAGCUCCACCUGUGCUACCCAGUCCAGACCUUCCGGCCCAAGCUGGAGUCUGUGGAUUCCAGACCCAGGAGGAGCCCAGCACCAAGGAGGGACGUGUUGGUGGCAAAGCCGGGCUUGACGAGCCCCCCACCUGUGGAGACCUGCCCCGGCGUGGGGACAGCCUGCCUGGACAACCUGCCGCUGCUGGAUGCCAGCCCGCCCGGGGGCUCCUCGUCCCCCAGGGACCUUCCUGAACCCCGGGUGUCCGCGGAACACACCAAUAACAGGAUUGAGAAAAUCUACAUCAUGAAGGCCGACACAGUGAUUGUGGGGACCGUGAAGGCUGAGCUGCCCGAGGGCCAGGCCCUGGCAGGGCCGGCAGAGCCUGAGCUUGAGGAAGAGCUGGAAGUGGACCACGUUCCCCACUACCCAGAGCAGGAGACAGAGCCGCCUCUGGGCAGCUGCGGGGACAUCAUGUUCUCAGUGGAGGAGGAAGGGAAGGAAGAUCCCUUACCCAUAACUGCCUCUGGGAAGUGAGGCCUGGGCUGGGACUAGGAGGCAGUGAGGUGCCCUUUGGAAGGCCAGGGUGGCACUGGUGGCGCCGAGUUUGAGGGCAGAGGCCUGCCUGAACUGAGGUUCCAGCAUCUCAUGGGGGACUAGCCAUCAGUGCAGGGGUUCUGGUGGUCUCUGCCUGCCUCCCCCACUUAGCUGCCCCCUGACCCAGACCUAGGGCAUGCAGGGCUUGUGCAGAAGAGACACUCCCAGGGGACUGCAUCCAAGUGGUGAUGUUGGUUGGGGCAACACGCAGACGGCAGGGACUGGGCGCUGCUAAGAACAGCACUGGCCCCGGAGCCCUGGGCAUCAGACACUGGCCACCAGGCCCGGAUCCCACUGAGGGAGAGGCUGCCAGGCUGGCCCCAGGCCCCCGAUGGUACCCCUACUCCGCUCUCUCCCUGAGCCCCACAGGUGAUGCCCACCAGGCCUCACUGGCAUGCCACCAGCCCCUCGUUACUUAAAUGUGGCCCCCAGUGGGCACAGAACCAUCGACUGGUGGUUUCUUCUGAGUCGGAAGGGAACUUGAGGGGGCAUCAUCGGCUGGCACAGUCUCAGCCGUAGCUGCCACGUGGCACUCUGUGCAGGGUGAGGCCCAGCCUGGCCCAAGCCCUGCCUGGGCUGAGCAGGACUCUCCUGGCACUGCCCCCGUUCCCUGUUCCACGGCCCCCACAGGGCCCGGGACCAAUUCACUCGUCUCAGCAUGUCCCCACCAGUCCCUGAGCACAAGGCCUCUCAGGACCCAGAUGUGUGCGGCCCCUCAGCAGCUGCCGUGCUCCUGCCCCGGCCAGGGACUUCCUCCCCACCCGGAGAUGGGGACUUGUGGGCCCCGCCUGGGGUCCUUGACUGCUCCGUGGCACCACCUGCUCUGUCUUGGAAAUGAAGCAGCGCCUUCCCUGGGUCUGGCCCCAGCCCUGCGUCCCUGUCGUGCUGCUCUGCGCCCGCUGGGGAGUGGCUGUCCGGAGGCCCUAGGCCCGCCCCGAUCUCCCGCCUGAUUCUGGACUGCAGGAGAUGAAAGAGUGUUGGGGGUUCAGUCUGGAUGUCAGCAGUUUUGCCUUUCACACUGAGGAGGAAAGCUGUGCUGAUACCCAGUCUGCGGCCCCUCCCCGGGGCCUUGAGCUGCAUAAACAAGCAGUGGCAGAUGACACAUCCGCGCGGCCUGGAGACUCCUGGACUUACCGUCUGGAGGCAGCCGGGAAGGCUGCUGUUUACUCCCCAGCCCGCGAGCUCUGGAGGAAGUUGGGGCCGGGUCAGGCAUCACGAGGGGAGUUUCUGAAACUGCGAAGGUGUUUUGGGGAAAGUUGGAGAGGCUGGGGCAUUACGAGAGGUGGUUACAGCAGAGCCUGGAUGUUGGCCAGAGGAAGUUAAAGCGUGAUGGAUGCCACUUGCCGAAACCCUCGUGCCAGGAUGGAGCGGGUGUCUCUGUGCGCCCAGAGCUGUGGCGUGUGGUGCACUGGACGCUGGAUAUUGGCACAUUUUGACAAAAUAAUGCACUCCCUCACCCAGUGGCCCUUCACACAACUUUUGACCCUCUAAAAAUCCUUAAUAUCCCAUAAAAAUGAAAAAUUGUAAGGCUGCGGGAACUGUCACUGAGGUUGAGAGUAUGUGAGAACAUGUGAGCGGGCGGGGGCCGGGGCCUCUGUCCCGGCAGGCAUUCCCUCCGCAGCACCGGCCCAGACACCGCGGCCGCCAGUCUCUGAUGCACUGGACACUUCUGGGGACAGGAGCCCGCUACCUGCUGGGGCAGCCCUUCCGCUUGCUGGAAAGGGGAAUUCUCCCUCCAUGUCACUGCCACUCCCGCUCCAAGGCCUGACCCUGGGGGUGCUCAGAAUAAAGUCACUGUUGUCACAA